AUGAUUAAAUGGAAGACCAUAGAACAACUGGAAGAACAGCAGAUAACAAUCAUUGAUAGCCUAAACGAAAACCUCAAGACGAUUGAGGCGUAUAUGAUAAAAAAUAACCCGGUAAGUGUUAAGGAAGCUAUGUCUAAAGCUCGGGCUAACAUCGAAGCGUUAAGAUACAGAUGGCAAAAUGCCCUAGAAGAGAAGAUAGAGUUCCAAAAGACUAUGCAAUCCCUUGUAAAAAGGGAAGAGCAUAGCAUAGAAAAAAGUCAGUAUCCACCAUGGGCUCAAAGUAAAAAGAGAGAGGCACCCAGCUCACCAAAAGAAGUUAGAAGAGGGAAGAAACGAAAACAAGGCUGUGGCAGAGUCAACAGAUGUCAACUAUGAUGCCACAGAACACCAGGAAGGGGGGCAGAGAGAGACGAUGGAGAAGAAUGGCUGAAAUCACCGGAGCAAAAGAAGAAAGAAGCAAGAGAAAAA